AUGGAGACGUGGCUGGUGAUCGGAAUCUCCGGCGUUACCAACGGCGGUAAAACCACGCUGGCCAAAUCGCUGCUCAGCUACUUCAGCGACAACCUGAACAAGAUCAUCUUUAAGGAGAACAUUACCCUGAACAAGGUUACGAUGCUGUCCCAAGACGAUUACUUCCUGCCGGUGGACAGCCCCAAGCACAAAGUGGUCGAGAAGCUGAACCACAUCAACUGGGAGAUUCCGUCGUCGAUCGACAUGGACAAGAUGUGCCACGACAUCAUGAAGAUCCUCGGCCACAAGUUCAUCCUGUACAACUGCCACCAGCUGAGUAAGAGUGAGGAGACAACAACAUUGCCGAACAGGUCGAACCCGAUUCCGCGGCCGACGAGGACAACAUCUUCGCGGAUCAUUUCCUCAGCAAUUACCUGA